GUAUUAUUUUGCACAUGGUUAGUUAAUGUUGGCUGGGCCUUUAGUUUUGGAGCAAACAGCUCCACAAGGUACGUUGGAUGUGGGAACUAAAGAUUAGAGAACUGAUGAAAACCACUUGUGAGCUGCUAUUAUAGUUAAAUAUUUUUCUGUCCCAAUGUUGAUCGCUGAAAUUAUCAAACCAGUUUCAGACAGUUAUCUUUACCAAUUUGUUGCAAAUAUUUUUCUUGAUUUGCUUAUUUGUAAAAGAAGGAUGCAAGAUUGCCUUGAUCUGGCAAAUGUAUUGUGAAAAGGCAACAAAACAUCAGUGGAAUAUAAAUUAGUUAAUCUAGAGUGAGGGGUAAGGAGUGCCACUUCUUACUCUUGUAAGUAGACUGCAAAAUUGAUACAACUCAAUGAAGUGAGAAAUUUGUAAUAAAGAAACAGGAUCAAAUGGCAAUAUGGCAUUGACGUCUGAAAGUUAGAUAUUAGCAAUAUGUGACCAAACUCCUUUUUAAGGAAAAACACUGCUUCAUUAGGAAAGCAAGUAGGGAACCUCUGCCAGCUAAUAGCUGGUUAUCAGUUAUGCACGUGGAGUCACUACCUGUCUAUGCCAUCAAAUACAAUAAUAAGUUGCUGUUGAAUGCUAACUUGCAGCCUUUGUGCCAGUUACCAGACUUCAAUUGCCUGUGCUGUCGCAGCACUUUGUCAGUGGCCACUGCUCUAUGAAGUAUGAACAAUUCAUAAGCACAGUGUACACCAAACCAAAACCCAAGUAAAAGCAUGUGCAGGUUAUUAAGUUACUGUUGAAUGAUAGACUUAGGGCUGCAAUUUGCAAUAAUCUUGAGAAUAUGAACAAAUUGCAUGAAGAUGAAAAUUGCAUCUCUUCGAAAAGUUGGAACAAGUAACAUAGUUGUACAGAUGUCAAGUAUCUGGCUUACUAAUGGAUUUUAAUUUAACUCAUACUCUUGUCAGCUAUUUAAUCUGAACCUUUUCAUCUGUUAAGAAUAAAGACUGCAGCUCUAGUCCUGUCUGUUAGGAAAACUCACUUAUCCAGUCCAUGCUAUGACCCUGAGAUGACUGCUUCAUUAGAAGUUUGCACGAUAUGAGGGGUCAAUUAGGUCUGAUCAGUUCUGUCAAUAGGGACCCAACAUGCACAUGCAGUGUGCCACAGUUUGGUGGUCGGAUUCUCUCUGAAUCGUUCACUACCUGUUACGAUUAGUGAAAUUGACCUUUGUUAGUUUGUUUAGCAUGAGAUAGCCACAAGCGUGCAUAUCUACCUGAGUGAAAGAAUUUACUUCAGUUGAGUCAGGCCAAGGCAGUUGCAACCAAAAGUCCAUUCUCUUGUCUCCUGGACCAUUCAAUUAUGGGACUAGUAUAUUUAUAUAAAACGAUGCCCUUGCAUUUGAGGAUCUGGACUACUGUCUGGCUUUCGCUUCUGACUCCAGAUUGUGCUCUAGAGAGAUGGCCCUAAAGGUAUUCAAUUGGCUGAACCGGAAGAUGCAUUCUAAUGUUGAGUACUGCACCAUUGAUGAAAACAAAGCCAUGGAGAAGGAAGACUCUGUGCAUGAGAGUUUGGCUGAGCAAGACACUGAAGCCCUGCUGCUCCGUGAUGUGCUUCUUAAUGGCAUACUUGCUAUUGGCACACUUGGUCACAACGUAAACACCCUUUGUCCUGAGGCCUGCCACGAACAAGAUGAGUUCGUCAUCAUGGAUAGAGAGAAAGUUGAGGAAGAGAAGAAAAGUGAGGAAGAGAAGCAAGGAGAGGAGAAGGGUGGGGCCAUCGAAGACACAUUGGCUACAACACCCAGUGAACCAGCACCUGCUGUUCAACCUGCCAAGAUGCAUUCAUCAUCGAUGAAAGAAUGCAACUUCAUGUGUUCUGUAAGGGAAGAAAUCCUUAUUUGUAAUGUUGAAGUGGAGGAUGUAACUAAGAUCCAGGAACAACCCCUACUGACGGUAGAGAGGGUGGAGAAAGUAAGAACUACACUUGCUGACCUAUUUGCAGCAGAAGCAUUCUCAUCAAGUGAUACAGGGGAGAAGAAUUACGCGAAGGUCAUCAUUGUUGAUGGGGCAUCCACUUCAAGGCCUACAUCGUGCGUGGAAAAUAUUCAUCCAAUGAAGCCAACAAAGCCAACACCAAAACAACUGAAUGCUACAAGAAAAUUAAGUCGAGUCAUGAGGAAGAUGUUGGGGAAGAAGAUACACCCAGAGCAGCUCAACGGACAUAGCAAUGAAGAGAAACCUCUCAUUGCAUGACCGCCUAGGCCUGCGGACAAGUUUGUUUCUCUAUCUGGAUUCCUGGGAUCCCUAUGCUCCGGAUUCCUUUGCUCGCGAGAAACAUCCAACCAUGACGCUCCUCGACCAUGUUUCAGCCCUUCCGCUGCCUGUCUGCCCUGAUACUCAUAUGUAAAGCUACAGUUGAGGUGCCUUGUAUAAGAUGUUCUACAGUUGAGUGUGUCCUGUAUAAGAUGUUCCCGUGAUGUCUCGUCGUCCGUGUAUCAAAGUCUUAAUAAACCUCUGUUUUUAUCCACUCAGACGAACCUGCGUGCAUGGUACUAUCUCCGUUUCAUAAUUUUUGUCAAAAUCUUACAUGUAUUUAGAUAUUUUUAAAAAUAGAUACAUCUAUUUUCGGUAAA